AUGCAAACAAGACUUACCUUUACGAUAGGGUAGAUGAAUAAGGAAAUUGGGAAUAGACACAUUAUACCAGCAUAUUAAGUGGAGGAAGAAUAAAUUAAAGAAGAAAGUCCUUUGCCUUAAUAAGGAGAAUCACCUUUGAAGAAACCUGUAAAUUUAGUCAAACAAGCGUAAAGUCUAGCUCCAGUGUAUUCAACCAUAAGCGAAAGAUUUUAGAUUUGCAAAUUUUUGGGGAAAGGAAAAUUCAGUGAUGUUUAUUAGGCAUAGGACAAAUAAUCUAAAAUAAUUGUUGCACUAAAAGUUAUUCCUAAAGCCACUAUUUCAAAAUAUGGGAUGGAAAAACAACUAGCAAAUGAAAUUAAAAUAUAGGGUUAUUUAGAUCAUCCAAAUAUACUCAAACUUUAUGGCUAUUUUUAAGAAUGGUCAAAGGUAGUUUUGAUUCUAGAAUAUGCUACUGAUGGGGAAUUGUUUAAGUUUUUAAAAAAGUAACCAAAAAAAAGAUUUACAGAAUAAACUGCCUCCGGGUAUAUUAGAUAAAUUAUAGAAGGAAUUGGAUACAUGCAUAGCAAAAACAUAAUUCAUAGAGACAUUAAACCUGAAAAUAUAUUAAUCACUCACUCUCUGCUCAAAAUUGCUGACAUGGGAUUAUCAACUUAUAAUCCUGCAAACCAAGUUAGGCAAUCUUUUUGUGGAACUGUAGAUUAUAUGUCUCCUGAAAUUGCAGCUGGGAGAGAUUAUGAUCAUACAGUAGAUUUAUGGGCUAUAGGAAUUCUUACAUUUGAAUUAUGCACUGGAGAGACACCUUUUUAUGAAAAGAAAAAAGAAGAUACUAUGAAUAAAAUUAUCUAUAGUGGAUUCGAAUUCCCAAAUUUUAUAAGCGAAGAAUGUAAAAGCUUUGUGCGUGCCUUAGUCUAAAAGGAUCCAAAAAAGAGAUUAAGCAUUUUCUAGAUUAUGUAACAUUCUUGGAUUCAAAAAUAUGAAAAAGAAAGCACCAUAUUUAAUAGAGAAUUACUCAAUUCUAUGGUAAAACUUUUAAAAUGAUAAUAAAAAUCAAUUCUGUGAUCAAUCAUCAAUAUUCAGCUC